AUGCUUCUAAGACAAGGACAUGUACCACUUGAAUGCUACUUGAUUCUUGCUGGACAUUUAAAGGUCACAUCAAGUAAUACAAGGAUGAACAAAAAUACCAACUCUAAAAUUUUAAGUGAGGUUGAAGAAGGUGACUUCAUAGGGGAAACCUGCCUUUUAACUAACACCAAUCGGCCUGCUUCGAUAUUUUGUAAAACAGAUGUAAAAGCUCUUGUAAUAAGCAAAGAAGACUUUUACUGUAUCCUUGCACAGAGAGUACAAGAACAAUGUCAAGAAACAUGCAGCUUUCUAAGGAAUCUUCCAUUAUUCUUUUCGUGGCCAAAAGAAAAGAUAGACUUUCUGGUUCACUGUUCAUUGCGCCGAUACUACAGGGCUGGAACAACCAUUAUCUCUGACAACUUAAACUCCCACUUUCUUGUAUUCAUCAUAUCUGGUCGCUGUCGGAUAAUUGCUCAAGUGAACUAUGAGGAAAUAUCUGUACAUUCCUGUGUAAUGAAGUCAAGUUCUGCCACCCUGAAAAAUGCCCACACUGUUCUUCCAUCAAGAGGAACUCUUGAUGUAACUGGAAGAAGUUUAAAAACAUCCACAGUUUCUCCCAAGACUUCGUUCUCAGCUGCUAGAGAAAAAACACUAGACACGAAGAAAUCUCCACUCCAGGGAUCUUCACUAGCAACGUGUUUUGUUGAGAUAAGAGUGCUGGGACAAGGUGAAGUUUUUGGCCUGGCAGAAACAUUGGACAAGUCAUGUGAUCUUCAUUCGUACCUGAUUAGUGAAGGAGUGGAGUGCGUUUUUAUUCCCAAACACUUGUUUCUAGCAGAAGCCAGCGCUGAAUUCAGGAGAACUGCGCCGGAGCGGGCGUGUGGCUACCCCAGCGCGGAGGCCGUUAGGGAGGACGUGGUGGAGCAGCGCGCCUGGGCUGAGUACAAGGCCGGCGUCCUGGCUCGGCAGCUGAGGAUCCGGAGCUGA